AUGUCUACAACUACCAUGCAUUUUGGGCCUGAAUGGAUGCGCACCAAGCACCAGCCUCUCUCGCGUUCACAGCCACCACCCUCUCCACCACUCUCUGCAGCCACUCCAGCCAUGUCCACCUAUUCAGCUCUCGUCUCGCCGGUCUCUCAAGCACACCCUGAAAAACCAGAUGAAGCUCAUCCAUUCCGUUAUUCAAAGAAUGAUCUCCUGCGAAUUUACAGAGAAGGUACCAAGGGUGGCCUUGCGCUAGAGGUCGAACGAUGGGAGGGUGUUGUCCGCGAGUUAGGAAGCGAACCAAUAGGGCUGCGCGAAAUGGGUGAUGCAGAAAGGAAGGCAAGCGGUCGCCAUUAUGAACUCUCAACCUAUUUCAUCGCCCCUCACCGUCCUUUGAACUCCGAUCUCCGUCGACGUCAAUCUACCGAUUAUCUUUCUCCCUUGAAUACGUCCGCGCUCGGGAUUGAGCGCCCUCGAAUGGCUCUUAAUACAACCUCCGCUACUGGUAGCCCAUCUAGAGAACGAUUUGGCACGCUCAAGCGUCAUGACAGCAAUACCGAACCGCCGGCCUCGAACAUUUCCCGCAAACAGUCGCUCUCGGCGCUCCAAACACAUGCGGCUUCUCCUAGAAACGUCGCUCUUCCUUCCCCCCGCUCGCGUGCUGGGUUUAUGCCGAAUUUUGAUGGCGUACUCAAUAAUGGAGAUUCGUGGACUUCUCGACGUCGUGCGUCUGAGGCGUCAUUGAAAUCUGGAGCUGCUACAUAUCGCGACUCUGGAGGUGAUUGGGAACAUGAUGAUAAGAACGCAGGAAUCAGGGAGGAGAAAGAGGAAGAAGUUGGUGCAGAUGCAGAACGACGGACUCGUCCCCCACUUGUGACCUCACUCGCUGCCGAGCAUACACAAAGUGAAAGCCGUUCUGAUUUAUAUCCGUCGUCAGACGCUUUUGACUCUGAGUCGAGAGGGCAUACUCAGUCACAUCAUGGCUACGCAAACCCACUUGAUCCUCUCGGCGCCACAGGGAUACACAAUUCGUUUUCAGAUGUGCGCGAUCUUGCAGGUGUCGAGUGGUCCUACAAGGAUCCAACUGGUCAGGUCCAAGGCCCGUUUCGCGCUGACUUGAUGCAGAAGUGGUAUGAUGAUGGGUAUUUCUCCGUCGACCUCCCUAUGAAACGUACGCACUUGGACUCGCAAUGGAUCACUGUUGAGGAAUUGGCAAAGCUUACGCGUGGCGAUAAAAUAUUUCUUUCGCCUUUCGUUCCGGUUCUCCCACCUGGUUUAUCUCUACAGAAUGGUUCUCCUCUGCAGCCCCUCCACUCAAUCGCAAACCAAAACGUUUUCUCCAACCCUUAUCAACCCGCACCAGUUCGAUCGUUGCGUAGCUCAACACUCGAUUCUUAUAUUGGCACUGGCUCUAAUCCGUCUGAUUCUCCUUCAUCAUCAUUUGGCACGGGUCGCUUUGGUGAUUCAUCACCAGAUCCCUCUUCAUUCGGGGGAAGAGCGAGCAGCAACCUUUAUUUUGGGGGGGAUUCAGCUGGGCUCGGAUAUCCUGCAACCCCUGAUACAGGUCCUCUAUUUGCCAGCAGGAGACCUAGCCAUGAUUAUGCACACGAUCCGGCGCUAGCAUUACGUUCGCCAUCGUUUGGCAACGUCCCAGUUGGUCAAGGUCCCUUGCUGGACGUAUACGAACGCGUUACUGGCUACGCUUCAGCGCAAGGACCUUGGAGUCAGGACACCUUUGGAGCCGAGCCGGCUAUAAUGGUUUCCUCCUCCACUUACAACGAUCUCUCCAACAGGCCAACCAUAAUUUCCAGUGAUAGCCUGCCUGGUGCUCAUCGUGCUCACCAGAUAUAUGGGAAUGGCGACGCCGGUAAUCCUCACAAUGCGUUACACGAGGACAACCAAACUCAUGGUCCCUCAAAUACAAUUCUUGAUCGUCGAUUGCUUUCACAUUCGCCUGUACAGGAGUACUUGUCGGCGCAGCAGCCAGACACUGGACACAGAAUCAGCCCCGAUCACACGACUUUCACCCCACCUUCAGGCAGUCAAGGCGCUAGUCCAAUAAUUGCUGAAGUCGCUACACCAUGGAAAAGUGUACAGGAAGAAUCUCAGUCUCGACGCCCAGGGCCCUUCGAAGUUCCUCACCCCACAUCAACAAAUACGAUCUCAGUCCCCGCUACUCACGCCCAACCAUCACCUUGGGGUCGAGGCAGUCAUAUCUCUAGGCCUAGUUCACAAUCAAACGAGCCUUCUCCGUGGGUAGUCGCAUCUCAAGGCAUUCUUGAAGACCCUUGGAAGGACCCAGAACCCAGCGGUUCAACAGUCACCAAUGGUGGUCAGCACAAUCAACAACAUGAAGGGCCGGAAUGCUCAGUGGUUUCCCCCAAAGAAACACAAGACCAAAUUAUCUCCUCGCAAGGAAUCCCGGAGCCUGUAACGUCGUCUGAAGAUUUGUCUGUCCCAACUGCUCAAAGCAAGAUUAUCACACCAAUUCAACACUCGAAGCCGACUAGCCAAGUUGCCGAAUCAUCGGCACCGACGCCGCCGACGCCAAAAGUUGCUUGGGUUAAAGAGGAAGAGAAAAAGAAAUCUCGGGCCCCCGGGGUUCCCUUAAGCCUGCGGGGGAUACAAGAAGCUGAAGCAAAGAAAGCGGAAAGUCGUAAAGCUGCAGAAAGGGAGCGAGAACGUGCUGCUCGCGGAUCUACCGCUGUAGAUGGAAAAGAAGAUGUACAACCCUUCACCGCUUCAUGGGGCCUGCCUACCUCUCAGACAGGCGCACGUGGAGGUGUAUCUGUCAAGGAGUCGCUUCCUACCGUUUCAGCCGCUCCGAACAACAUCACCCUUCCUGUUUGGACAACACCCGUGAAGCCCCCAGCGGCGAAGACGAUGAAGGAAAUCCAGGAGGAAGAGGAAAAGCGCAAGAAGCUGGCGAUAAAGGAAACUGCUGCCACAGCCACAGCCAAAAGAGCUUACGCAGACUCCACGGCCAAGGUUGUGAUCACCCCUAAUCUUACACAGAGUAAUAAUGCCUGGACCACAGUUGGACCAAGUGGCAAAUUAUCGUCCCCAGCUUUGACAGCCGUCCGGCCUACUGUGCUAUCUCCUUCUGGAUCAUCCACUCCGAUCAACUCAUCGCCGUCCGUUCGUGUCAAUGGAGCUAGAAGUGCUGCCCUUCCAGCAGCCGUGUUAAAGCCAACUGCACCAGCUCCCAAGGCAGAAGAUUUUCCUGCAACACCAUCUCACGAUUUCUUGAAAUGGCUGAGCGAGUCAUUGAAGGGCCUCAACAAAACUGUCAACGUUGAGGAAAUCAUGGCGAUGCUAUUGUCUUUCUCGUUGGAUCCUGAUCCGUCGACUAUUGAGCUCAUAUCCGACACAAUAUACGAACAUAGUACGACGCUCGACGGCCGCCGUUUUGCAUCUGACUUUGUCUCAAAGCGUAAAGCUGAUGCCGCAGCCCGACCCAAGGGUGUCAGCACUACGAGCAAGACCCCGGCAAAACCAGUUUCGAUCGCUGAUGUGGUGAAAGCAACGCCAAAGACAGCGCAGCCAGAAUGGGGUUUCAAGGUAGUGAACAAGAAAAAGAAAGGCAACAGGGCUUGAGGAACAGAUAUGUUCGAAAUCUACCACACCGACACAAACAUAGUACUUGCAUUGCGUGUUGGAUAUCAUCUUCGUUAAGUAGGUACAAAAAAAUACAUAAUCACCAGGGAUAGAUUUGGAUAGAUAAUCUUACAAGUGGACCUUCACAUC